ACUAUAUCAAUUGGUUGUGUGCUGAGAAGGUAAAAAAGGUUCAGUUUGAGAGUGAGAUUGCUGAAAAUGAGAUUAUUUUGAAGAAGCUGGAGGGCACUAGUCAGUAUAUCAGAAGUUGAAGGAAUGGGAAGAAAACAAGAAAAAGCUUAUUACAAAAGAUGAUGAUUUAUUCAACAAGAAAUGUAAGGAAGCUAUUUCUUCAUGGGUGAAAUCAUUUCCAGGGAAUGAUAUUCGAGAAGCUGAACUGAUUUUUGUUCCUGUUCACAAGGAUGAUCAUUAUACUGUCUUGGUGCUGAACAAGAAAGCAAAAAGGAUUGAAAAUAUUGACAAUCGUACAGACAUGAAGGACAUUGAUAGAUAUAAGCAUGAGGAAUUUAACGGUCUUACAUACUUUGUACGUACCUUUUUAUGAGCAUUUGUAUUUUUUUUUUGUUCCAUUUUAUUACUUGUUUUUUAAUUGUUGUUUACUUUUUGAUCUUCAAAUGCAGUGUCGUGCUUUUGAUUCUUUUAUGCAAGAGACUAUGAGAUGUCGUGAUUUUGAUCGUCUCCACCAUUGGCAAACAUCAACUCUUUACUUCCCUUGGAGAAGCAAGGACAACAAUUUUGAUUGUGGUGUCUAUGCAAUCAAAACCAUGGAGCUGUAUGACGGUCAAAAUACUAACCAUGUUGCACUUGUUGACCUGAAAAGGGCAGCCACCAAAAACCUUGAGCGGUGUAGGCUUGCUCUUCGUCUUGUGGACCAUCCUUUAAACAAACUGAGAGAGAAAGUGAAGCAUGACUGUUAUGUUUGGUCUGCAAAGAAACCUGAACUGAUGGCAAGACAGAAGAUAAGGAAGGAUAAAGAGGCUGUUCUAGAUAAAUUAGCAUUUAAUCGAUCAAAGAAGACAAAUAGAAAAGAAGCACACAUUUUACGGCGAAGGAGGGAUCAUGAGGCGAAAGUAGAAGAUGUGCUGAAUAAUAAUUUUGGAGACAAAGUGAAAAUAGAGCAACUGUUGAAAUUUCAUUAUUCUUAAGUGCCA